CGAGGCAUUGGCGAGCGGCUCGUCACGUGACCCGCGGCGGCGGCGGCAGAAGCCCCCUCGGAAGCCGCCCGGCGGAAGUGGGCGUGCGGGCCGGAGUCGCGCGGCGCGGACUGCGCAGGCUCCACAUCCGGGAGAGGCGAGGCGAGCAGAAGUGGCGUUGGUCUGGCUGGAGCCCCGGGGUGAAUUUGUUAGGCGCGGAGAGGGAGUGAUGUCUUCCAGGCUCGGUGCAGGACCCGCCACUUCGGGACCCACAUCCUUUAAGCAGCAGAGGAGCACGAGGAUCGUGGGAACUAAGACUAGCAGGACCAAGUGCUCCAUAAAGGAUAACAGUUUCCAGUACACUAUUCCUCACGAUGAUUCCUUCAGCGGCUCAUCAUCUGCCUCGUCAUGUGAACCAGUAAGUGAUUUUCCAGCGACCUUCCGAAAAUCUACCUACUGUAUGAAGAUGAGAAGGAUCAAGCCAGCUGCUACUCCCCAUGUUGAAGGGUCAGGUGGAGUAUCAACCAAAGGAAAAAGGAAACCCAGGCAGGAAGAAGAUGAAGAUUAUCGAGAAUUUCCUCAGAAGAAGCAUAAGCUGUAUGGGAGGAAGCAACGGCCUAAAACUCAGCCUAAUCCCAAAUCCCAGGCUCGUCGUAUUCGGAAGGAACCACCAGCUUAUGCAGCAGGCAGUUUAGAGGAGCAAUGGUACUUAGAAAUUGUGGAUAAAGGCAGUGUCUCUUGUCCUACCUGCCAGGCAGUGGGGAGGAAGACCAUAGAGGGCUUAAAGAAACACAUGGAAAACUGCAAACAGGAAAUGUUUACUUGCCAUCAUUGUGGGAAACAACUUCGUUCACUGGCAGGGAUGAAGUAUCACGUCAUGGCAAAUCAUAAUAGUUUGCCCAUUUUGAAGGCCGGAGAUGAAAUAGAUGAGCCAAGUGAGAGGGAACGGCUCCGAACAGUUCUAAAGAGACUGGGAAAGCUUAGGUGCAUGCGUGAGAGUUGCUCUAGUAGCUUCACCAGCAUCAUGGGAUAUCUGUACCAUGUCAGAAAAUGUGGCAAAGAGGCUGCGGAGCUGGAGGAGAUGAUCUUGAAGUGUCACCACUGUGGGAAGCCGUAUAGAUCGAAGGCUGGACUUGCGUAUCACCUGAGGUCAGAGCAUGGGCCUGUCUUUCCAGGGUCAGGACAGCCAGAGUGCUUAAAAGAGAUGAGCCUGGAGCCAAAGAGUGGGGGCAGAGUUCAGAGGCGUUCUGCCAAGAUAGCUGUGUACCACCUGCAGGAGCUGGCCUCUGUGGAACUGGCCAAGGAAUGGCCUAAGAGGAAGGUUCUUCAGGAUCUGAUACCUGAUGACCGGAAGUUAAAAUACACUCGCCCUGGGCUACCUACCUUCAGCCAGGAAGUACUACAUAAAUGGAAGUCAGAUAUCAAGAAGUACCAUCGUAUUGAGUGUCCUAACCAGGGUUGUGAGGCUGUCUACAGUAGUGUAUCUGGCCUUAAAGCUCACCUGGGCUCUUGUACUUUGGGAAACUUUGUGGCUGGAAAAUACAAGUGUCUUCUAUGUCAGAAAGAAUUUGUGUCAGAGAGUGGUGUCAAGUAUCACAUCAACUCUGUCCAUGCUGAGGAUUGGUUUGUUGUAAACCCAGCAACAACCAAAAGCUUUGAAAAGCUGAUGAAGAUAAAGCAGCGGCAGCAAGAAGAAGAAAAGCGGAGACAGCAGCACAGGAGCAGGAGGUCUCUGAGAAGGCGGCAGCAGGCUGGCAUGGAGCUUCCUGAGCCAGCAGAGCUGAGUCUUAGAGCAGGGAAAGAUCAGAGGAGGAAUAACGAGGAACUGCUAGUGUCGACCUCCUGUAAAGAACCAGAGCAGGAACCAGUGCCAGCACAGUUCCAGAAAGUAAAGUCCCCAAAGGCUAAUCAUAAACGAGGAAGGAAAUAGGCAGUCAGUGUGAGAGCGCUCCUCGGAGAGUGGACGGAUGCUCUUGUCACGGGGACCUGUGCUGGAGGACUGAGUUAUGGGGCUGAGUGAAGAGAAAUGUCCUCUUUCAGUUGUUUGUGAAAAGCUACAACUUUCUCUACUCUUUUCUCCUGUAUAAAUUUCACUGUUUUCCCUACUUACUCACUUUGACAACCUCCCUUCCCCAACCCUUUUUUGGUAGGUUUUCCUGCUAUUCCUCAUUGGAGUCUAUUAUUUUUCUCUUAUCUUGCCCAAAGAGCUCCCUCUUAAGGCCAACCAUAGGCCCCUCUUGUCCUGUACAAGACUAAGAAAACUGGUUGUUCUUUUCUUCCUGGGGUGUAGAAUGUUCUUGGAAGUUCUAUUGAUUUAGUAGUCUCCAUCGUCAAGUUUAUAAAACAAUUCCACAUUAAAUUUUUAAAACCAUACUGAUUAAUCAUUUUGUAUUUGUGCUAUAACAUGCCUAGAAGCUAGAAUAAGAUUACCCUCUUUGGGAAACAAACUUUAUGGAGGUUGUUCUCUCAAUAUGGUUUUAGUAUUGAAAGAAAGAAUGGGUUUAGGAUGAAAAAGCUAGAACUUCCCUACACUAAUUCUACUGGGAAGUGUUUUGUCUGCCCCAAGUAGCAGUGACUAACUAGACCAGCCGGCCCGUUU